GUCGGAAAAUGUAGGACAUCAUUUCAGAGCUCCGACCUGAAGAUCGCUGACGUCAUGAUUUGACCUCGUUUUUUUCCUGAGUUCCCAGUUGUUUUGAACGUAGUGAAGUCGGAGUUCCCAGUUAUGAACGCGGCAUCGGUCCAGACAGCAGAUAGAGGUGCUGACGUCAAUCGACCUGCUGUAUUUUAUACAGUUCUUGCACACAGAAGUUACAGGUGCACCAGAGAACGGCGUGCUCCAACGCCCUCGUGAGGAUGCAAAGUGGAAGCAGAAGACCCGAAGAGGAGCAGGGAGAGGUGGUGGAGCAGGACAAGGUGAGGACCCUGCAGUCUCAGGUGGAGGGAGUGAAGGACAUCAUGACCCAGAACGUGGACCGGAUCCUGGCCCGGGGAGAGAGACUAGACGACUUGAUGGGCAAGUCAGAGGACCUGCAGGCUGGGGCUGAGGACUUCAAGCACACGUCCCAGAAGGUGGCUCGCUCCUACUGGUGGAAGAACAUGAAGCUGUGGGUGGUGAUCGUGGUCAUUGUCCUCGUCAUAAUCCUCAUCAUCGUACUGCUCAGCACUGGCGUCAUCCCAACCAGCUCCCCUGUUCCCCCACUUCCCAAACCUACUAAAAGACCAAACUAGUCAUGUUUUUCCUCACUGUGUUGUGUUUUAGCUGAGCUGGUUGCUAGAGAGGAUGUCAGUGGGUUUUUUUGUUUUGAAAGAUGGGGAAAACUUAGCUGCAAUGGUAUAGUGAAAGAAAGGGGGAAUUGAGAGAGGGAAUGGAGAGUCUGAAGAAGCAUGAGAGCCUUUUGACCUCUAUCCAUGACCUGAUACUCCAUCAUACACAAACUGCGGGAACUCAUGUCAUGACUUAAUGUGGGUUCUCAUGGUCCAUGUACUCAGGCCUUGGAAACUCUGGCUAACUCCAGACAACCUGUUGUGAGAGAGGUGGAAUUGAACAGCUAACAACUCCCCUUGCUGGUCCAAACGAGUGUCAUAGCUCCUAGGACUACUGUCGGCCAUCUCAUAGCUUUGCAUAGUAGCUUUUGGUAGGCCCACCUGUAUUCUUUAACGACUUGUGGGUUUUAACUCAUCUCACUGUCCACUCCAAUGUUACAAUACCAGCCAUGCUUUGGGGAGGUCAAGGAGUUAACUCCCAUGCUUGUAUAUAGUUAUCAUACCUGUAUAUACAUUUGUAAAGCACCCACAUGGGGCCCUAAACCAUUCCAAUAGUGUAACAAUGAGGUUAAUUUGAGGCUAUUUAUUGUUUUAUUUUUGUCAUCCCUACUGAACAUCUUUUCUUUUUUGUUUUUCAUAUGACUGUAUUAAUGUUGUUUUUAAUCAACAAAACCAAUUAAAGAAAAUUAUAUGGACCCCCCCCCAGAGUCCUAUCAGUAGAUAUGUGGUUUAGAGCUAUAAUUGUAUUUUAGACAAGUAGGAUGUAUUGGGAAUUUGGGCUAGUUUCAAUUGCUAUAGAAUUCUAUUAUUUUGUUUUUCAUUCAUUGAUGGAGUUCAAUCAUGUUAUAUCUGAUUAAUUAUAGAAUAAAUAGCAUUUACUUCCACA